CAGAAAUACAAGCUUCUCCUUCAGAAAGAAGAGACAGUUCAGAAGGAACCACAUUACCAGAUGAUCAUGUUACUAUUGUUACUGAUCAGAACUCUGAAGUAUCGAGAAAAGAGGAUGCUGAUGAGCAAAAGAAUUCAGCAAUUACUGAAAUAUCUGGUUCAGAUGAGAAUAGGAAUGGUCAAGUAGCCGAAUCUUCAGAUGAUUCAUUUGACAAUUCAUCAUUCACUGACGAUUCAGUCGAAGAUCCAAACUUUGAAUUCGCCAAUUUCUGGAGAACAUGCCUUAAAAUGCCAUUCCUUCAACUGCCCAGCACUUUCAAUAAAAACAUAUACUUUUCCGAAGCCCCAGCAAACGGGAUACACUAGUUCAACACAAGAAGUAGAGAAAUCCCAAGCAUUACCUGAGACUGAAAUGCUGUUUUCACCUUCAACAAUUACAGAAGAUAAUCCAAAGUCCCAGCAAACUGGAUGUACUGAUGAUUCAAUGAUCAGCAUGAAUACUGGUCCAACAAAAGUGAUAGAAGAUGCCCAAACAUUACCUGAUAAGAAUGCCCUGCUGGAAAAAAUACAAUCCUACCGUACUCCAGCGAAUUCGUCAAGCUUAAAAAUGAAAGAAAUAACUACAGCAAACUCCAGAUCGAAAAAAUAUUUUUGUAUCUAUUGCAAGAAAAUGUUUUCCAAAUUGGUUGUCCACCUUGAGAGGAAGCAUGGAGAAGAACCUGAAGUUCAAAAAUUUCUCUGCUACCUAAAAGUUGCGAGGAAAGGAGAAAAAUAAUUGAUGUACUGAGGAAGGAAGGAUCUUACCAGUACAACACUGACGAGAAUCUAAAUUCGGGGGAUCUUAUCGUCA